CCUCGGGGCCUGGAGUCCCCGACUUCUUCUCUUCGGAGCUGAGGUGGAACUGCAUUCCCGGGCACCGCACACCUCUAUCAUGGAGACCGAGAGCGAGCAGAAUUCCAGCUCUGCCAGCAACGGUGCCAGCUCGGGCAGCAGCUCCCGGCCCCAGAUCGCACAGAUGUCCCUGUAUGAGCGGCAGGCGGUGCAGGCGCUGCAGGCUCUGCAGCGGCAGCCCAACGCCGCGCAGUACUUCCACCAGUUCAUGCUGCAGCAGCAGCUGAGUAACGCGCAGCUGCACAGCCUGGCGGCCGUCCAGCAGGCCACGAUCGCUGCCAGCCGCCAGGCCAGCUCCCCGAACCCCAGCACAGUGCAGCCGCAGCAGGCCUCCACCACCCAGGCCUCCAUGAACGUGGCCACCACGUCGGCCGCCCAGCUCAUCAGCCGAUCCCAGAGCGUGAGCUCGCCCAGUGCCACCACCCUGACCCAGUCUGUGCUGUUGGGCAACACCACGUCCCCCCCGCUGAACCAGUCCCAGGCCCAGAUGUACCUGCGGCCACAGCUGGGGAACCUGUUGCAGGUAAACCGGACCCUGGGCCGGAAUGUGCCUCUCGCCUCCCAGCUCAUCCUGAUGCCCAACGGGGCGGUGGCCGCGGUGCAGCAGGAGGUGCCCUCCGCCCCGUCCGCCCCGUCGCCCGGGGUCCAUGCAGACCCCGACCAGGUGCAGAACUUGGCGGUGAGAGCGCAGCAGGCCUCAGCCCCCGGGGCCCAGAUGCCAGGCCCCGCGCCCAAGGCCGUGGCCCCCGGGGCCUCCCCGGCGUCGGCGCUGUCCCAGGCCUCCAGCCAGGCCCUGGCCGUGGCCCAGGCCGCUUCGGGGCCUUCGGGCCAGUCCGUGAACCUCAGCCAGGCUGGCGGCGGCGGCGCGAGCAGCCUGCCCGGGUCCCUGGGCCUCGGGGCGGGCGGCCAGGCCCCUGGGGGCUUGGGCCCGUUGCCUUCGUCCGCCUUGGCCGGGGGCGGCUGCCCCAGGAAGGGCACCGGGGUGGUGCAGCCCCUGCCUGCGGCCCAGACCGUCACCGUGAGCCAGGGCAGCCAGACCGAGGCGGACAGCGCGGCUGCCAAGAAGGCCGAGGGGGACGGGGGCGGCCCGCAGAGCGUCGGCGUGAACCUGACCCGCACGGCCACGCCCGCGCCCAGCCAGACCCUCAUCAGCUCCGCCACGUACACGCAGAUCCAGCCGCACUCGCUGAUCCAGCGGCAGCAGCAGAUCCACCUGCAGCAGAAGCAGGUGGUGAUCCAGCAGCAGAUCGCCAUCCACCACCAGCAGCAGUUCCAGCACCGCCAGUCGCAGCUGCUGCACACGGCCACGCACCUGCAGCUGCAGCCGCCGCAGGCCCCGGCCGUGGCCUCCCCGCAGCCCCCGCCGCUGCCGCCCGCGCCGCCCGGCGCGCCCUCCGCGCAGGCGCAGCCGCCGCCGCCGCCGCCGCCGCCCGCGCAGGCGCAGACGCAGACGCUGGUGGUGCAGCCCAUGCUGCAGGCCGCGCCGCUGCCGCCGCUGCCCGACGCCAAGGCGCCGGGGCCCAUCCCGGCCAAGCCCGCCGCGCCGCCCAAGCCGCCCGCGCCCGGCGCCGCCAAGCCGCCCGCCGCGCAGGCCGCCGCCGCCGCCGCCCCGCACAUCCCCGUGCAGGUGGUGGGCGCGCGGCAGCCGGGGCCCGCGCACGCGCAGGCGCUCGGCCUGGCGCAGCUGGCGGCCGCCGUGCCCGCCCGCGGCCCGCCCGGCCCCGGCCCGCCCGCGCCCGCGCUCGCCGCCGCCUCGCCGCCCUCGGCGCAGGCGCCCGCGCCCGGCCCGCCGCAGGAGCGCGCGCAGCCCGCGCCCGCGCCCGCGCCGCCCGGGGCCCCCGCCGCCGCCUUCUACCUGCAGCCCGCGCACCUGCCGGCGAAGGCGCCGUCGCUGGCGGUGAAGCGCAAGGCCGAGGGCGAGGAGGAGCGGGCGGCGCUGCCGGGGCGCGCGGAGGACAAGGGCGGCCUGGGCCUGGGCCUGGGCCUGGGAGAGAAGGCGGAGGCCGCGGGCGGCGGGCCGGGCGCGGCGGGCGGCGACCCGGAGCUGGCGGGCCUGGGCCUCGGCCCCGCCGCCCCCGCGCCGCCGCCCUCGCUGGCGCUGGUGCCGCGGCCGGCGGGGGACUCGAGGCCGCCGCAGGCCAUCGUCAAGCCGCAGAUCCUCACCCACAUCAUCGAGGGCUUCGUCAUCCAGGAGGGGGCGGAGCCGUUCCCGGUGGCGUGCUCGCAGCUGCUGAAGGAGUCUGAGAAGGCGCUGCAGACCGGCCUCCCGCCGGCGCUGGGCGGGAGCCCUGCGGGGGGCGCGCUGGGCGGGGACAGCCCCUCUGCGGAGCCGGACAAGAAGGCGAGCCUGCUCAAGUGCGAGUACUGCGGGAAGUUCGCGCCCGCAGAGCAGUUCCGCGGCUCCAAGAGGUUUUGCUCCGUGACCUGCGCCAAGAGGUACAACGUGAGCUGCAGCCACCAGUUCCGGCUCAAGAGGAAAAAGAUGAAGGAGUUCCAGGAGGCCAGCUACGCCCGCGUGCGCCGGCGCGGGCCCCGCCGCAGCUCCUCCGACCUGGCCCGCGCCAAGAUCCAGGGCAAGCGCCACCGGGGCCAGGAGGACUCGAGUCGCGGCUCCGACAACUCGAGCUACGACGAGGCGCUGUCGCCCACGUCCCCCGGGCCGCCGCCCCGCCCCGGCCACGGCGAGCGCGAGCUGAGCGGCGGCCUGGCCGCGCCCCCCACGCCCGAGCGGCUGGGCGCGCACCCCGACUUCCUGCCCGCCAACCCCAGCCGCUGGAGCGUGGAGGAGGUGUACGAGUUCAUCGCGUCCCUGCAAGGCUGCCAGGACAUCGCCGAGGAGUUCCGCUCGCAGGAGAUCGACGGGCAGGCGCUGCUGCUGCUCAAGGAGGAGCACCUCAUGAGCGCCAUGAACAUCAAGCUGGGGCCCGCGCUCAAGAUCUGCGCCAAGAUCAACGUCCUCAAGGAGAGCUGAGAGCUGAGCGCGGCCGCGCCUGCUCGGAGCAGGGGACGGCAAGGCUGGCGCCACCGCCGCCAGCGCGCAGCGCGCAGGCGCCGCCCCACGGCGAGGACGGCGUGACCACGCACAGCGCGCAGGCGCCGCCCCACGGCGAGGACGGCGUGACCGCGGA